UUGUAAUAUGCCGUGUUUUAGGGAUAACCCAGCAAAGGGUGUUGCAGUUUAUAUGAGCUUUGUUCCCCUUGUAGUGGAGGGUCAUGGUUUCUUUUCUUGUCUUCCUCAGAUGAUUCUUUCUAGAUUACGCAUGUCAAACUGUUUGAUAGUAGAAGGUGCAGGAAUUGAAUGGGUUGCUCCGUCAAAAGUUUUGCGCAAUUGGACGGAAGAGUCUCGUAAGCUCUUGCCUGAUAGCUUGCUUCGCUAUCACCUUGGUGUUGGAUUCUUGCAUAAAGAUAUAGUUCUACCAGAUUUAUUAGCUCGGUCUCUUGGAGUUGAGGAGUAUGGACUGAAUGUUCUAUUUCAGGUUAUAACUUCUCUAUGCUCUUCAGAAGAUGGUAUAAAGUCAAUGGGUUUGGGAUGGUUAUCUUCAUGGUUAAACAACGUUUAUACAUUCUUGACAAACGGGCAAGACUUAGCAGGUUUUGGGACAGAAUUGGAUCUCAUGGACCUUAAGAAAAUUCCAUUUAUUCCCCUUUCAGACGGUAAGUAUGGAUCACUAGAUGAAGGCCCAAUUUGGUUGCAUUUUGAUUCCACGGGUGCUGCGAUUGAUGGUGACUAUGCACCAAAAACUUUCCUAAGAUUGCAUGCUUGUCUUAGAACUGUGAGUUCUGCACUUCUUUCUGCUGCUGCUGCUCUUGGCACAUCAUGCUGUGGAUCAUCAGUAGUAGAGAAUGUUUCUAUGAUGCUGUACAGAGUUGGUGUCCAUCAGUUAUCCGCACAUCAAAUAGUAAAGAUACAUAUUCUACCUUAUUUUUACAGAGACAAAAAUGUACAAGGACAUAAAGAAAUAAUGACUGAGUAUCUUGCUUUCUUGGUGUUCCAUUUUCAGUUUAAUUGCUAUGACUGCCAAUCAGAAAAAGAGCAGAUUAUCAGGGAACUGCGUGACAAUGUCUUUAUUUUGACUAAUCAUGGGUGCAGGCGCCCAAUAGAGGUUCCCAUCCAUUUCAGCAAAGAAUAUGGAAAUCCCAUAGAUAUGAGUCGAUUAAUUCAAGGAUUAGAUCUUACAUGGCAUGAAAUUGAUGAUAUGUACUUAAAGCAUCCAAUCAAUAGAAUGUUAGCUGGAGGUGUAUUAAAGUGGCGAAAGUUUUUCCAUGAAAUGGGGAUCAGUGAUUUUGUACAGGUUGUCCAAGUUGAGAAAAGUAUGUCUGAUGUAUGCCCUCUUCCCAUGAAUGUGACAUGGGAUAAAGAUUUGAUCCCCAUAGGAUCAAUUGCAAAAGAUUGGGUGUCUGAAGAAUUUGUCAAUAUGCUGUUACAACUGUCUUCUACUCGUGACAAGGAAAAAUGCAAGUACCUCUUGGAGGUACUUGAUAGAUUGUGGGAUGAUUAUUUCAGUGAUAAGGCUACUGGCUUCUAUUUCACUUCUGAUGGAGAAAGGAAAAUUUUUGAUUCCUCAUUCCGCAGAAUCCUCUGUGAUGUUCGGUGGAUAGCGUCAACUCUCGAUAAUGAGCUCCACUCUUCAAGGGAGUUAUUCCAUGAUUGCGAGGCUGUGCACUCAAUUUUUGGUGAUAAUGCUCCUUAUACUGUUCCCAAGGUGAGAAGUGAAAGGUUGUUAACAGCUCUUGGUUUGAAAACCCAAGUUGCAGCCGAUGACACGCUAGCAAUUCUUAAAGUUUGGAGAGCCAAAGCACCCUUCAGAGCUAGUGUGUCACAAAUGUCCAGAUUUUACACAUUCGUGUGGAAUAGGAUGAAUACUUCAGAGAGAAAAGUGGUUGAAGAAUUACAUGAUGGACCUUCUGUGUUUGUCCCUUCUGAGUUUGGUGUUUCACUUGAAGAUGUUGUCCCUGGUGUUCUGUUGUCACUUAAAGAAGUCUUUUGGUGUGAUUCAACUGGUUCUGCGGACCAAGUGAAGAUGGUCUCUACAAAAUUUGUCCAACACACAGUCCAACAACAUCCUGUUGCCAGAAUAUUAUGUAACUUGUACCCAGGCCUUCAUGACAUUUUUGUUAAUAGAUGUGGAGUGGAUGAGUUCCCUCAUUUCCAUGGAUAUGUUCAAAUAUUGCUGCAUUUAUCUGCAGUUGCUUUACCUUCACAAGUAGCUAAGAAAGUUUUCCGUAUAUUUCUCAAGUGGGCUGAUGAGCUAAAAUCUGGCUCUUUGAGAUGUGAAGAUGUUGAUUUCUUGCAAAAGUGUCUUGAGGAAAAGCAGCAUCUGAUUCUUCCCACUACAGAAAAUAAAUGGGUAUCUCUCAACCAAUCCUUUGGGCUCAUCUGUUGGUGUGACGAUGAUAAGUUAAGAACGGAAUUUGAACAUUUUGAUAAUAUUAACUUUCUCUACUUUGGGGAACUCAAUGACGAGGAAAAGGAGAUUCUCCGAACCAAAGUUUCUAUCUUCAUGCGCAGAUUAAAUAUUCCUUCUCGUUCUGAGGUUGUGACCCGUGAAAUCAUAUAUGAUGGUCCAACAGACACUUGCUUUAUAGCGUCAAUGGUUAACUGGGCUCGGCCUGGACACCAUGGUCAAAAGGAAAAUUAAUUUGCUUUCAAGAAAAACAAUUCUUCAUUAAAUAGGGAAAAAGUAAAGAGAUAGCUCUUUUUCCAGCUCCAGGGAAUGUUUGUCUUGACUUGUGGAAAUCUAACUUGAUUAUGAGUGCAUAUACAACACUUACUUUUGGUAUAUGCUAUUUGUAUGUGGUCUUUGUCUAUUUAGUUGUCAGUAAAAUCUUAUUUUUGGUAUAUGCUCCAGGGAAACGUCCUGUAUGUCACUCAAGAAUCAGAUUUUCAUUCGAUAUUCAUGGAGAUUUCUCGUUUAUUCUGUUCUAGAGAUCGUCACUUGCACAUGGCAAACUUUCUUCAUAUGAUCACGACAAUGGCAAAGUCAGGUUCCUCUGAGGAGCAAAUUGAGUUUUUCAUUCUGAAUAGCCAGAAAAUGCCCAAGCUUCCUGUAGGUGAAUCUGUUUGGUCACUUGCGAACAUUCCAUUGUCAACUGAUAGUGUGACGUGGUUGAUGACUAUUUGUGCUUCUAGAACAAUUGGUGAGACAAACACACUGAAUUUCAAGAAGAAACCGGGAGGCAGCUCAAAUUGUGUUCCUGGGGAAACUGAUCAUGCUGUCCAUGAUUCUCGUGCUAUUGUUAUGAAGACACAGGCAGCCAGUAGCAUCCAACCAAGGAAGGAAGAGACUGUCGAAGAAGUGAUAGAAGAAACACCUGCUCAGGCUCCAACUCAGAUCACUUGUGUUCACAAUGAUUCAGUAGCCCCUGUGGACUGCAAAACUAAUCACCAUUUACACAGACUCUCAGGCAAGUGCUGACAAGACACUGGCAGCCGGAGGCAUCCUUUCAAGAAAGGAGGAGAGGAUUGAAGAAGUUAUAGCAGAAACAUCUGUUCUGGCUCCAACUGAGAUCACUUGUCGUCUCAAUCAUCCAGCACCCAGUGCAGACUGGAAAACUGAUCAUGGUUUCCGUGGUUCUUGUGGAAGCGUUAUGAAGAUGCAGGCAGCCAGUUACAUCCAACCAAGGAGGGAGGAAAUUGUUGAAGUUGUAGAAGAAACUUCUGCUCUGGUUCCAACUCAGGUCACUUGUGUCCGCAAUGAUCCAGUACCCACUAAUGGGAAAACUGAUCAUGGUUUCUAUGGUUCUAAUGCAAGUGUUAUGAAAACAGAGACACCUAGUCGCAAUAAUCCAGCAUGCGCUGCAUCUUUACUAGGCUCACGAGACACUGAUCAUAAAUGCAAUGUGCUUGUACCUUCUACUGUCAACGCUGUGCAUAGUUCUCCUUAUAAUGCGACUGCACAACAACACCUGAAUUAUAGCUCAUUUGAUAUGAAAGAAACAGGUCAGCCUUCCGUAGGCAUGGGUUAUCCUUAACAGACGUUAACGGAUAGAUUCUCCGAUCAUGUACAUAAUAUGCUGAUGCCUUUUACUGUGAAUGCAGCAGUUAAUAAUGUGCCAGCGCUACAAAACCUGAGCUAUAACUCAUUUGAUGCACGAGAAAGGGUUCAGUUGUCUUUUGGCACGGUUGAUCCUCAACAGGCAUUGUCAACUGGCAGACUCGGAGAAUCUGCUGCAUAUAAUUACUUCGUGGGGAUAUUUGGCGAGCAUUUCGUGAAAUGGGUCAACGAAACUAAUGACACGGGGCUUCCCUAUGAGUAUAUCGAAGUAAAGGCAACUAGAUCAGUGACAAAGGAUUGGUUCCAUAUUACCUUGAGGGAAUGGCAGUUUGCACUUGAGAAAGGUGAACUUUUUAGCAUUGCACAUGUUGUAUUAUCACCUCAUAAUGCAGUAAAAGUGACUCUUUACAGGAACCCAGCCAGACUUUGUUGUCUUGGUAAACUACAGCUAGCUCUUAUAGUACCAUAGUGACAUGUAUGGCUAAUUCAUCUUUCAGAUUUAGAUAAUAGAAUAUGAUAAAGAAAUUUUUGACUGCCUUCA